AUGAACACAUUGUUAUAUGACUUGUAUGUAUUCAUCAGUGGUGACUUCAGGCCUAAUAAACCAACGUACCUUCCGAUGCAUAUGAAAAAGCCCAAAGCUGGGCCGGAGACGUUCUUUGAGCCAUAUAUGGAGAAAGGAGACUGGGUGUUCUAUCGUUAUGGAAAAGUGUGCGCCUUGAGAUACAACAAAUUUACGAAGGACAAUGUUUAUAGGAGCUUCGACAGUCUCUGUCACGUUGAGUUUGAGAACUGUCGCUACAGCGAGAACAGUGAGUCGUGA